AUGAUUCUAGACCUGAUCAUCAUCGCCCUGCCGAUGCCCAUGCUGUGGAACUUACGCAUGCCCGUGAGCAAGAAGAUAGCCGUGUCAGGCAUCUUCUCACUGGGCUUCAUCAUCUGCAUCAUCACCAUCAUCCGCAUCGUCGCCGUGCGGCAGCUCGACGUCAACGACCUGUCCUACACCGUGGUGGGCGACGGCAUCUGGAGCGCUGUCGAGCCCUGCCUCAGCAUCAUCAACGCGUGUCUCCCCGUGCUGAAGCCCGUGCUGGUCAAGAUCUUCGGCUCGCACCUCUUCACGACCAGCCGCAAGACGACCAACAACACGGGCAGCUCGAGCGAGCCCCGCAUCGGCCUGCGCAUGAUGUCGCCGCGGAAACCGACGCCCACCGUGGAUGCCAGCAAGCUGGAGACGGGGUCUGAUGACGCCCUCGUUUCGAGACAGGAUGGCUAUGCGAGGGAGGAUGGCUACAUGCGCAUGCCGAAUCAUCCGGGCGAGAUUCGCGUCACGCAGGAUUGGGAAUUGUCGACGGAUGUGGAACAGCCGAGAAGGGCGGUUGUGCGGCUAUGUGCAGGCUAUGUGUUCUGA